UCUCCCUGUCUUAUUAAUUUUUAAUGGAAAAUGGCUGCGUUUCUCUUCCAAAGCGCUCGCGCUGGGAAAUAAAACCUCCUCUUUCACCUCCGCUCGCCUCCUCCUGGCUCCCCCCGGAACGUUUGGAUGUGGUGAGCACAUGGUAGCAAGCUGACGACCCGUGGUACUAAAAAAAUAAAUAAAUAAGCUAAAAAAAUGAAGCGACUGACGCUUUGAGGGGAUGAAAGCUGAUUUUUCUCCUUAACCCUUUCGACGCCGAUUCCUGCUAACAAUCGAGCAGAAGAUGAUGCGCCAGGUGACGACCACCGACUUCUGCAUGAACAGCAGGCCCUCGUGCCUGGCAGAGGACGGCCACCACCCUGCUUCUCACUUCGACCUGUGCACCUCCCAGCCCAACAAGUUCUACCCUCCACCCCCCACCACGUCCCUCCAGAUGACACUUGCCCCCAUGGCCUUACCGGCCCAAAGCCACAAGCCCAUGGUGUGCCAGAGACAGGACGUUCUGGGGGGCGACCCGCGCCCACCAGGGAAAAUAGCUGGCAUGAAGGGCGCCGAGCAAACGCCGGAUGACGGCAAGAAGAAAAGCAAAGGUGCCGGCAAGACGGGCAGACGAGGGAGACCUUUGGGAACCACCAAACUAGCUGGGUACAGAACCAGCACCGGCCGACCGCUCGGCACCACCCGGGCUGCCGGGUUCAAGACGAGCCCGGGAAGGCCGCUCGGCACGACGCGAGCCGCCGGGUACAAGGUCAGCCCAGGGCGACCUCCCGGCAGCAUCAAAGGCCUGUCGCGCCUCAACAAACUGUCUUACAGUAGCACCUGCAGCGGAGCAGCGUUCCCGUAUCCACUUCCACACAAAGAAAUCCUCUGUGAACCUUCCUGCAAAGAGAAGACGGCCACGGAGUGAAGACUCUGCUGCGCACGCUCACCUGCCGGGACAGUAGGCACACGCACAGGUUUCCUGCUGCAGUUUAGUGAAGGUGAGAGGAGGAAGGCUUUUUGAUAAGAAUAUCAAUAAUAAUAUGUGUUGUUGUCAUUUGUGUGACUGCCAUCAAUAUAAUCCCCACCAGUUUUUCAGUGAGAUCUAUAGUGUACGAACAGUUUCACUAAACACAGCUGUUUUCUAGUGACUUAUGUAGCAUUUUAUGACCAACACAUUUCUCUGAAGUUAUUUGCUGCGCUUUCAUCACCUCCAACAAAGGAGGUCAUCACAAACACAACUGAUGUGUGAAAUGUGCUACAGAAGAGGAAGAAUGUACUUUGAAUGUUAGUCGGUGCGGCUUGGAGUCCAAAAAAGCAUUUGUUCUCUUUCUGUUUUUAUAAAAGAACUCGAAAGAAGAAAAAUUAUGAUAAAACAGAAGUUUAAAUGUGUUUGCAAUAGAAAAUCUGGUGGAAAAUCUGAUUUUACUGUUUGAAGAUGAAGAAGAUUUGAGCCUUGAUGGUGAAUUUCUUUAUUCAGUGGCAAAAACUUCAUCAUGAUGAUACUAAAAUCUAAUUUAAUCGAUUUCAGAAAAUCCCCUUGAAUCCAUUUCAGUUUAUUCAAGUUCUCCAAAUAAUUGUUUUUAAACAUGAACACUUUUUUUGCAUGCAGUAAAUAUCUACACAACUAAUUCAGCUUAAAAGUGUCAAACAAAUUAGAUAUUUUGAAUCUUUGUAAAGGAUUUUUCACAUUAAAACCCGUGUGUGCAAGUUUAAUUUAUCAAGUGCUUUUUUUCUUUUACGUUUAUUCAGUUAGUUUAAAACUUUUAAACCAGACAAAAGCGCUAAUCUUAGUCACAUUUUACACACAAAAUGUUUUUUUUUUUUUAACCUGACUUAUUUAUGCUUUAUUGAAAGUCUGGAUACAUUUUACAUAAAAAUGCUGCUUUCAGAUAAACAGUUUUUUGUAGAAUGAAUUGGAAUGAAAAUGUGGCAAUUUUUUGGCCUAGUUAGCUUGUUUUUUCUUCUACAAACUUUUCUUUUUUCUCUGUAAUUUCAAAUGUUUCCUUUAGCUGCUUUUUGAUUUCAGAUUUUGUAUCAUGGUCGUCUUUAUGAGAGCAUUACACUUUAAUUCCAGACUUCUGCCCUUAAAGGGAUUCAUUUCAUAAUGUUGAUAGUUUUUUACUUUUAAAGAACUUAACCAAAUGAGGAAAAAAUAUAUAUGUUAUUUUGAAUCUUUGUUUCGCCCUGAAUUACUUUUUGUUUUGAGAAUGAAUAGUGUUCAGAGAUGAUUAUACAAAUACAUUAACUACGGUCGAUAGCAUGGUUUCGCUGUUGGAAAUAAUGAGAUAAAACUGCAAACCUUCAUCUUCAUUUUUUUGAUUCUAUAAAACCUGAAACCAUCACCUAUAAUUAGCUGAUUACUCAUGCGCUAUUAUAUUGUUUCUCAGUCCACUAGAGGGCACUGUUUCUGGUAUUCGGCUGCCAAACAAUUAUUUUACAAUAGGAAAUAUUGACAGUUUGUUGAGAAUUUCAUUUCUAUGUGGUUUUUUUUUAACAAAAUAUUUUAUAAUCCAAUAUGUUGAAAUGACACGAAACCUUUUAUUAUGUACAUUAUUUUUUAAAGAUUUACAUUUCAAAUUCCAAUGAUGCUACGCGCAUAAGAAAAAUUGUUUCUGGAAUAAAACAGCUUUUAAAAUGAGUUUGCUUUUGUUAAUUAGGCUAAAAUAAAUUAAACGUCAUGUGUAUCACUCUUAUUCAAACAUGAUUUGAAAGAUCCUCUGACAAACAUAAUUUUUAAACCAUCUUGUACUAAACAUUUUUUUUUUUCAUUUUCUUGACCGCUUUGUCCCUUUCGGGGUUGCGGGGGUGCCGGAGCCUAACCCGGCUAUUUAUUCAAGCAUGAUCAGCUCAGAAAUUAGAGAGAAAAGUUUUGAGUUUUACUCUAACACAGUUUGUAAAUGAUUGAAUUUGGUGCAAUAAUAUGUUGUAGGUUACCAUGGGAACUUUGAUACUAUCACUUUUUAUCAAUGCUGUAUUUUUAAACCCACAUUGAAGUCAUUUUGUCUCUAGUUUAAAUAAGUUCCAUUCUGUAAACUGAUUUUGUGACCCUCCUUUACCAAAGAACGGGAUCAGGCUAUGAACAUUUGAGUUUGUAAACAUUUGUUUUCAGGACAUUUUUCAACUGGCAAAAGAAAAGUGUGUAAAAAAAUGACAAAAAGAUUGUUUGAUCUCAUGGUUGUAUCCAAUGCUCAGUUGGUUCAAAAUGCAGCUUCUUGACAGUUUCAGUCCACUGAUAUAAACUUGAUCACUUUCAUUGUUUUUAUAUUCACUUUAUUUAGCUUUUGAUACCAGUUUGUAUGUAGCUAAGUUUGAUAUUUAAAGAUGCUUUCUAGUUGCGGCUGCCUGCUCGUUCCUCAUCCUGACUUUUGUACAAACUCUUUGGAGUCGGAAUGAUGACCAAGUUGCUGGUUUGUAAUCAAUACUGGAGAUGUUACAGGACGACUGUUAGCUUUGUGUCCCCAAUUCACAGCAGACAUUUGAUACAAGUCGUAGUAGAAGUCGUCUGACUUCAGUUUGACUGAAACUCUGAUUUAAUGUUAGCAUGAAAGGUUUUUAGUCUGUUUGGCAACAUGUGUGACCUCAUGAAGCUUUGUCAAGUACAAACUGUCAUCUUUAAGGUAAAAAAAAUCCAUAGAUAACUUACAACAUUUUAUUUCCUAUAAUUGUCCACAACUGAAAGUCUGCCAGCACAGAUGCUGUUUGUAAAAGCUGCUAAAAUAGUGAAUUAUUUGAUUAAUUGAUGAAGUUCACCUGGUGGUCGCUGUAAAAAGAGAUACAGUUGUUGUUCAUAAAGAAAACCUUUAAACAAAUCUACGUUGAGUUUUUCUGUUUCAGUCAGAAAACUUUCAAACUUCAGUAGAAAGUUUUCAAACUCAGGAUGUCUUCAGAGUCCUGCACUUCUCCAUGCAGACACCAGAGGGCUCCAUAGAGUCAACCUGGGCUCCAACCCUUUCCGGGUUCUGCUCUUCUCCAUGCAGCUUCCUUUUAGGAUUCAGUUUGUUGUUGCUUUUGUGUUUGAUGUUUUCGACCUGGUGGAAUCAGCAGCAUUUGUGCUGUGAUGUAGGCGACUAAACGUGGAUUUGUGGUAAAUAUCAUGACUCAAAAUGGGAAAAGAGUCACACAAAGGGUAAAAAAAAAACUAAAUGAUUAAGGUGGAAGUUUUAGUCUAAAUGAGAUUUAGAGGUGGUUUUAUCAGCUGUGUGAACAAUUUGAGAGAGAAUUUCAACAGGACUCCAAAGAACAGACUUUGGACGUGCUUUGUGAAUGGAUGUGUUCAAAAUGAUCCAAUACUAUGGAUUGCUGACAGUCUUCUAACAUUGUAAAUGUCAUUGUUUGUUCUGGUGUCAUUGACUUUGCUGAAUACAAAGCUAAAUAAGAGGAAGUUUGGUUGAAGUUUGCAUCCUUCAUGUGAAAAAGUCCUGGGAUAAUCCUAAAACUGAACCAAAAUAAACAUGGAUGCAUUUGAAUGUGUGAACACAUGGAGCACAGUUCUAAAUAUUCAUCUCUGUUAUUGUUCUCUGACAUGUUUUUUUGUCUCCCAUCACUCGCGGCGUCUCCUCACAUUUGAGUUUUUCUGAAGAAACGAGGCCAAGGUACUUCAUAAGUGCAUCAACAAGGCCUGUAAAGCUUUGUAUAUUUCCCCUUUUCUUCCUGCAUGAUUGUUGUGGAAUGUUCAAAAGUUGUGUAAUAAAUCAGAAAGUAACACAG